AUGGCUGGUAAGAAGCUGAAGAUUGCCUUUAUACAUCCAGACCUGGGGAUAGGCGGCGCGGAGCGUCUCGUGGUGGACGCAGCUCUGGGCUUACAGAACCGGGGUCACACAGUCCACAUCUACACCUCGCAUCACGACCCAAGUCACUGCUUUGAAGAGACGGCGAACGGUACCCUCAAAGUCUACCACAUAAAGUCCCCUUUCCCUCGCUCCCUCAAGGGCAAAUUGCACAUUGUCUUCGCCGUCGCCCGGCAGCUUCAUCUCACCCAGCACCUUUUGUUCAACUCGUCAGAACGAUAUGAUGUUUUCUUCAUUGACCAACUUUCAGCCUGCAUUCCUUUCCUCCGGUCGUUCCUUCACACACGCACACUCUUUUACUGCCACUUCCCCGACAAACUCCUUGCAAACGGGGAGCUUAUCCUCGUCGAUGGAGAGAUUCAGAAGCGGAAGGCUGGAGCAGUGAAGUCACUUUACCGGAUGCCGAUGGAUUGGUUAGAGGAGGUGACGACAGCUCAGUCGGACGUUAUUCUUGCGAACUCAAAGUUCACUGCACGAGUGACGCGGUCUCAGUUCCCAUCCAUCCACAAACCUUUACGAGUCGUUUACCCAGGCAUCAACGUCGAAGCGUAUUUCAGCUCGGUUGACAUACCUCCAGCAGACAACGCACAGAUUGCCUCUACUCGCCCUACGUUCAUCUCGCUAAACCGGUUUGAGAAGAAAAAGAAUGCGGCAUUGGCCAUCAAAGCGUUUGCACUUUUCAGGAGCCAAGCUUCAUCGUCAGUCGUCAGCGACUAUAGACUUGUCCUUGCCGGUGGAUAUGACCCACGUCUAGAAGACAACGUCACCACCCUCAAGGACCUCGUCGCGCUUGUCAAGACACACAGCCUCUCUUUUAACAUUACGACCCCAUCUCACGUUUCUGACCGUCUCCCUCGCAUCGACGGCACGUCGAGCUCCGACCCCGACGUCCUGUUCCUCCUCAACUUCACCUCCCCGCAGCGCUCCGCCCUCCUCAAAUCGCCCAACACAGCCGCCUUUCUCUAUACGCCUGCGAACGAGCACUUCGGUAUCGGGCCUGUUGAGGCGAUGCUCUACGGCAUCCCCGUCGUGGCAUGCAACAGCGGCGGGCCGACGGAGAGCGUCGUAGACACGCCAGAAGACAAGCGAACGGGGUGGCUGCGCGAGCCUGAGCCCGAGGCGUGGGCGAGCGCGCUCGGCGAGAUCGUGGGCCUGUCGGACGAGAAGCGGCAGGCGAUGAAGAUGCGUGCGGUCGAGCGGGCGAAGGGAACGUUUGGUAUGGACGCAAUGGCGGAGAGUCUGGAGAACGCGCUGCAAGACGCGGUCGCAAUGGGGCUGGUGCCCACACCAUGGACGCUGUUCUUGUUGAUUUUCACCCUCCUUGCAGCAUUCAUUGCCCUCAAUGCUAAGGUCAUGUUCUGAUUGCUGUUUCAUUUGCUGAUGGAAAGCAUUCGAUUACUAGACUAGAGGUACAGGUCCUUACGGGGUAUAAUUUAUUCAUUUCGGACGAUAGCAAAGUCUCGAAACCAGGCGUACUGGUCCUUCGGAGUAGCGUAGGAUGAACCGUGCCCUCCAAAAAACGUGCUGAAGAACAGGCCAAUGAAUCCGACAGGCUUUGACGACUCACCACUAGUCGCAUGGACUUUUGGCAGGGCAGUUGGGUACACUCCAACAGUGGUAGUCGCCGCCCCGACAGUUUCCGUUGACUUUGCCUGGGCGACUGUCUGCACCUCAAGGAAAGUCGCCGUUUCUAAGAUCACAUCCCCUCUCCGUCGCCGCUGCGACUUAUCGCCAGCGACACUAGGGUGGUCACGAUAGAAGACAUCCAUGCGGUUGAUAACGGCCUUGCCGUCCACGUACAGCACGAACGCGCCGUCUUGCUCUCCGGGAGUAUUCAGCACGAUAUCCUGCCGGAGGUCCGUCCACCCGCCGGCGGUGAACUUGAAGGACCCGCGGCCGAUCGAGAGCCCGUAGUCGGCGUCGCAGACGGACUGGGGGUCGCCGCACAGCGCUGCUGUUUGCUUGUCCUUUGGGGCGUACUGCCGCC